AUGGAAGGCAAAGGGCCAGAAGUCUGGCUGGAAAUCCAGAAACACCCCUCUGACAUGAGGCCUUCCCCUCACAUUCCGCCUCCUCCCAACUCCAGAUUCUUCAGUACUCACAAGAGCCCCGACUGGACUGCGGACCAGAGACCUCCACCCACUGUGAGGGAGGGGCUUCGGCCCUCACCCGGGCACCCUGAGGCCAUGCUGCUGACUGGCGCUGGGGGCAGUUGGGUGGUCCCUGAAGCUGGGAGGGGCAGGGCAGCAUCUCCAGUGGCUCUCAUCUGCGUCCAGCAGGCAGAUGGGGCUGUCACUGAAGUCAGGGGAAGGGGGAAAUGGAAGGGGCCCUGGGCAGGAAGGGGAGCCGGCUGUCGAGGAGAGAGCCCAGUGGUCAAUCGAAGAAAGGGCCGCAGGAGGAAAGUCUUAGCCAAGUCGUCCUUGAUCGGAAGGGUGAUCAGCACCGCGAAAGCCCCAGGUGCCACCGGACCCUGCAGCCAAGUUGUGUUAGCCGACAGGACCGUUUACAUUUCAGGACGGAUAGGCAUGGACCCUCAGCUUGUGUCAGGAGGGGUGGCAGAAGAAGCUAAACAAGCUCUUAAAAACAUGAGUGAAAUUCUGAAAGCUGCAAGCUGCGACUUCACUCAUGUGGUGAAAACAGCUGUUCUUCUGGCUGACAUAAAUGACUUCAAUACUGUCAAUGAAAUCUACAAACAGUAUUUGAAGAGUAAUUUUCCUGCUAGAGCUGCUUACCAAGUUGCUGCUUUGCCCAAAGGUGCCCGAAUUGAAAUUGAAGCAGUAGCUGUCCAAGGACCUCUGACAACAGCAUCACUAUAAGUGGGCGCAGUGCUGUGUAGUCUGGAAUUUUUAACAUUUUAACUUUUACAAUUGAUAUAACAUCUUAAUUAACAUUUUAAUUUUCACAAUAUUGAUGACAGUGUGAAUUUGAUGAAUAUCUGAUCUUAUUAUGGAAAUACCAUAUAAUAGGGAGAGUUGAACAUGAACUGAAGAUUAAAGAAUCCAGUUACUGUUUUAAAUUACACCUGUGUGCACCUGUAUUCCUGAAUACAGGAAAGAGACACUUAUUACGUAGUUACUCAAUAAAUAAAAGAGAAAUAACAGGCAGGAAAGAAGACUUAUUAUUCCUGAGAAAUAAUCAAGAACAUAUCCAAUUCAAACUAAUGAUGUGAACAAUUUAAUUCUCAUGUCAGGUAUGUGAUUCUGCUUUUCCUGAGUAAAAUUAAAGUGUUAUAUUUGAGGUCAAGGAGAAGAAAGUGGACCAAAAUGUUAUAUAGAUAAUAUUUUUCUAACGGAAAUAAAAUAGAUAUGCAGAUUUCAAAAAAAAAAAAA